AUGGCGGGCCAGAGCUGGGAGGCGCACGAAUCUGUGCCUGCCUUGGAAACCCUGCAUCACGACUUGCUGCGAUUUCGUCGAGAGCACGCCGAGCUACAGCAUGCACUACAGCGCGUGAUCGCGGAGAAUGAAGAACUCUAUGCCACAAUGGCAGAGCACUUGGCCACCCGCGAAGAACUAGCUCAGGCACGAGAGCAAGCUGAAUGGGAAGAGGGCCACGGUCUGGACGACGCUGCUGCCGAUGUCGUGGAAGAGGUGGAGUGUUUGCGCGGACAUGCCGAGGUGCACGAGGCGGCCCUCCGCCACCUGCAACAGGGAUAUCGUCUGGCCAAGCAGCAAGCCGAACAUGAGCAUCAGCUGCGCAUGGCACGGGAAGCAGAACUGGGUGAGAUGCGAACCAUCAAGCAGUCGUUUCAGCUCGAAUUGGGCCGAGCCCUGCAAGUCGUAACGCAACUCGAGCGAGCGCUGCAGUCAAGUCGCGACCGCCAUCGGGAGCGCGAUGCUGAGGAGCAACUCCUUAGACAGACCUUGACUCAAGCUCAAGCUCAAUGCAGGAACUCCAGUCGAGAUGCCAAACCCGUUCCUCAUGACUCGGUGCCAGCAAAAGGAGAGGCCAAACCUGAAGCUGCCGCCGCACAAAGCCAUGGGCCGCUUCUACCCUCCCCCGACGAUCCUGCCGUUUUGAAGCGACGUCUUGCCGAUUUGGAGCAGUCCUUGGAACUAGAGCGAGAGCGUAGCUCUGCUACUCGAGCUCGGGAGCUGGCACGCGUCAUGCAAGCCAGCCAAGAACGUGAGCAUGCGUUGCAACAGCAGAUCGCCACUCACACUCAAGAAAUUCAGCUCCUGAAGGUCGGUUUCGGCUCACUGCAGCAACCACAGCCCAUCGCCACCUUCAGCUGCCGCCCGCUGCCCACGCCGUUGACCGUGAUUUUCAUGGCCCUGCUCUUCGUAGACUCGGGGUGA